GCUGGCGCUUGAUAUUUGUCCAGAGCAUGUGCUUAUUGAGAACGUAUUUGUGAGAUAAAAACUGAUUUUUAUCGUUGUUCUUUUAGCGAAAUUACUUAAAAAUGAGUGAUUUUUAUAUUUGAAGGAUUAACGAAGGCCUUUUUUAGUCUUUAAAAGAAAAUGGCAGGUAGAGGAGGCCGUGGAGCCGCUCUUCUACAGGCCCUAGAAAAACCUACCAGACCACCGGGUCAAGGACCACAAAACGGACAGAAUGGAAGAGGACAACAACCAUCAUAUCAGCAAGGACAACUGCCACAGCAACAACCGUACCCACCACAACAACCUCUAUAUCAACAACCACCAUAUCAACAAGCACCUCGUCAACAGGGACCACCCCAGCAUUACCAGCAACCACCACCAACACAGCAUUAUCCCCAACCACCACAUCAUCAAUAUCAGCAAAGACCACCUUAUCAACAACAAGCACCACCUCCACAGAAAUAUCCCCAACCACCAUACCAACAGCAGCCACAGCAAUAUCAACAGCUACAAGGUAGAGGCCCUCCACAGCAAGGUAGUCAUGCUUUGCCUGGCCAACCUUCUCAAAGUUAUGGACGGGGGGCACAUGUAAGGGGACCAGUACCACAACAGCCAAUGUAUGGACGGGGUGCACCACCAGUCAGUCAGCCAUAUGAUAAACCACCCAGUCAGCCACAAGGUCCACCUCUGUCAAGAAAACCUGCUCCACCUCAAGCAGUUGUCCAACCUCCUAGUCAACAAUAUGCCCAGCCCUCUUCUCCUGAUGCACCCAUUGAAGCAAUGUCUAGAAUGGGUAUUGCAGACAGGGGUGCAGCCACACAUAGAUCCACAGUAGAGAAGGGUACUUCUGGUAAAGUGUUGGCACUUAGUGCAAAUUACAUCCCUAUUUACAGUCCUCAACAAGGUGUCUUUCAGUACUGUGUCACUUUUGAUCCUGUGAUGGACAGCAAAGACAUGCGAUACAAGCUCCUUCAUCAACACAGAGAUUUCAUUGGCCAGACCAAAGCAUUUGAUGGCAUCACUUUAUACCUCCCAAGAAAGUUGGAACAAGAGAAAACAGAUCUCAUUUCUGAGCACCCCAUAGAGAAAAUAAGCGUCAAAGUCACCCUUACUCUGACAAGGGUGGUCCCUCCUGAUGAGUGUCUGCAGGUUUAUAACGUUCUAUUAAGAAGAAUUAUGAAGAUCUUAAAGAUGCAACAAGUUGGGAGAUAUUAUUAUGAUCCAUCAAGACCUGCAGUCAUCCCUCAGCACAAGAUAGAGCUAUGGCCUGGUUAUAUUACCUCUAUACAGCACUAUGAAGGGGGAUUGAUGCUGUUGUGUGAUGUUUCACACAGGCUACUCAGAACAGAAACUGUCAUGAACUUUAUGAUUGAUAUGUACAGCAAGUACAAAGAAAGGUACCAAGAAGAAACAAUGAAACAGUUGAUUGGUAAUAUAGUCCUUACCAGAUACAACAACAAGACAUACAGAGUAGAUGACAUAGAAUGGAAUAAGAAUCCACUAAGUACCUUUACAUCCCACAAUGGAGAGGAAAUAACAUAUAUAGACUAUUAUAGGAGAGCCUAUGGCGUAGAAAUAACAGACAUGCGGCAGCCAUUAUUAGUACACAGACCAAAGAAGAAAGAUGCUGAACCAGGAAGGAGAAAAACCCUAGAGAUUGUCUGUCUGAUCCCAGAAUUGUGCUCUAUGACUGGGCUCACUGAUGCCAUAAGACAAGAUUUUAGAGUCAUGAAGGAUAUAUCAGCACACACACGAGUGGGCCCAAUGCAGCGCUUGGAUGCCAUGAAGAAAUUCAUCCAGAAUAUCAAUUCUUGUCCUGAGGCACUUGAACAGUUGUCCAGCUGGGGAUUGAAGAUUGAUACCUCAGCUUUACAGACGGAAGGAAGACAGCUUGCAGCUGAAACAAUUCACUUUGGGAACUCAAGCUGUUCGGCUGGUAAUAAUGCAGACUGGGGUAGAGAUGCUACAAGGCAGCAAGUCAUCUCUGCUGUUGACCUCCACACAUGGAUGAUUGUGUUUGUCAAAAGAGAUCAAAACAAGGCACUUGAGUUUAUUAGCACAAUGAAGCAGGUUACUCCAGUCAUGGGAAUAGGUGUAAGGGAUCCACAUAUGAUUGAAUUGAGGGAUGACAGAACAGAGACAUACCUAAGGAGUAUUAGAGAAAACCUUCAUCCCAGAGUCCAGAUGGUUGUCAUUAUCUUUCCUACAUCAAGAGAUGAUCGUUAUGCUGCAGUAAAGAAACUAUGUUGUGUGGAAAGCCCUAUACCAUCACAAGUCAUCAAUGCAAGAACUAUCUCCCAGGCCAACAAGUUACGAAGUGUCACCCAAAAAAUCGCCCUCCAGAUAAAUGUCAAGCUUGGUGGAACCCUGUGGGAAGUUGAAAUUCCUUCUAAAAGUCUGAUGGUAGUUGGUAUUGAUGUAUAUCAUGAUGCAGCAAGAGGAGGCAGGUCUGUGGGAGGAGUGGUUUGCAGCAUCAAUCAAAGCCUCACCAGAUGGUACUCUAGAGUCUGCUUCCAAUCUCCUGGACAAGAAUUGAUGGAUGGUCUUAAAAUGGCACUCACUGCUUCCCUCAAGAAAUAUCAUGAGGUUAACAAUACCCUUCCUACCCGAAUAGUUGUAUUCCGUGAUGGAGUAGGUGAUGGUCAGCUGAAGGUGGUAUCUGGGUAUGAAGUAGARCAGCUAUCUGAGUGUUUUGCUCUCUUUGGUGAGGCAUAUGUGCCCAAGCUUACAGUUAUUGUGGUCCAAAAGAGAAUCAAUACAAGAUUAUUCCAGUCAGAGGGACGAGGACCACAGUCUAGACUAACAAACCCUGGUCCUGGAACAGUACUAGACCACACGAUAACGAGAAAAGACUGGCCUGAUUUCUUCCUGGUCAGCCAGAAUGUUCGCCAGGGUACAGUCACCCCAACACACUACGUUGUCGUGCACAACUCUUCCAAUUGGAAGCUUGACAUUGUUCAAAAGUUAACGUACAAAUUAACUCAUCUCUAUUACAACUGGCCUGGUACCGUUAGUGUUCCUGCCCCAUGCCAGUAUGCACACAAGUUGGCAUUCCAAGUUGGCCAGUCCAUCCAUGCAGAACCAUCACAUGAAUUAUCAGACAGGCUGUUUUUCCUGUAACUUUGGUUCACCUAUGACAACUUUGCAACAYGGCACAUGUGUUGACGUUUUAUUAUCGUUUAUCAAUGAAUUAUACCACUACACUUAGACCACUACACUUCGCUUGAUAACUUGUCCCAAAUGGUACAUUAUCAAAUACAAAGAAAAACAUGAGAAGAAAAGAAAGAUAUCCUCUUGAAACUAGAGCGCAAGCCAAUGUUAGAAUGUUUAGCGGAAAAGAAUAUAUAUACAUACAUAUUGAUGGUUUCACGUCAGCCAUAUUGGAGGACUUUAACAAAAGAAUUGUCAAUGAAUUAUUUUAUAUCCUCCAACAUGGCCGCCGUGUCUUUUGUUAUUUAAUUCUCUUGGGAAUGGUUGAAAACCAUCAAUAUAUUCCCAAAGUCUGCUAUUCAUUUUUAUGUGGUCGGUGGUUAAAGCUAAGCCAACGGGACUGUUUUCACCGUGUAUGACAAUUGCGAACGAAACAGAGAUUUUAUUUUGCUUAUGCGUGGCAUAUGAUCGAAUAUGGUCAAUGAUGUUGUUUUUAGUUCUGAAUGUCUCUGUCGUUUGGGUUAACACUCCACCUGGGUCUCUCUCAUUCAGCAAUUGAAAACUGGGCUUAGAGUACCUUUAUUAAUCCUAUAGGAUGCCCUUAUAAUUUGAAAGCCUUUGCUAAAUAAACAAGAAUGGCGUUAACUUUUUUUGAUAUCUCUUUCAAUAUAGAAAUUACCAAAUAAUGAUGUUAUCAAAGAGAGCUAGUAAAUCACUCAAAUCAUCAAAAAGAGAAUAUCUCUGUGAGAAUAAACGAUUCGAGUUUCAAAUUACCGCAGUGUUCGUUGAUAUCAGUGCCUCGUAUCAGUGUCUAAUAUUAACAAAUACCAGAGUAAAGAAUGCACAACUUUAACAAUAGAGCAUUCUCACUCAGUCCCUAGGCAGUAAACUGACAAUAGAGAUGGCAGCCAUAUUGGUGUACCUUGCAAAAGAAACACCAAUAUGGCUGCUGUAUGUCAUGUAAAAAUGUCCUAAACAAACGCUUUGAAAUUCCAACCGCCUUCACUGGCACACAAAUAUUCUACACACUGRCUUAAAAUGGCUGAAACUUAGGUUGGCUAUAAUGCAGGGUAAAACAGUCAGUUUGGUGUGUUUGAUAGUGUUUCCAUGGCAACAUGGGCUUUCGAAUCACUAAGGCAUCCUGUAGGGUUGAUAGGCACUUAACGCCAAGGAAAUGUUAGCUUUUCUUGUUGAUAUGUAUAUCCUGCAAAUGAUUGUUGAUCAUUCGAUAUCAUGUUUUAUUCCUAUAAUAAACAUCCCUUUAGGCUAAUAUACUAUCCUUAGGUUAAUGUUCCAAAUAAACCACUGAAAUCAAUACUGUCUCACAAA